CAUUAGACUUUCGAAAGUAUAUCUCAAAGUUAUAUUGCAGUUUACUUAAGAAAAUCAUCAAUAUGAAAUUCCUGGCUUGCUUUGCUCUCUUCGCCACUUUGGCUGUGGUCUCUGUGAACGCUCUUGCUGGUCAAUCGGCUUGCCGUGACCCCACUGAGGUUCAUCAGAAAUUCCCUCAUCACUGGGAUCCAUCCAAGUACUGGUAUUGUGAACAAUUGAAUGAAAAUGCCGUUGAGAGAGAUUGCCCCAAGGAUACCGCCUACAUGCAUUUGUUGAAGGAAUGCAUUCCCUGGCCCAACUGGGUCUGGAAGAAACCUGAAAAUCCCCCAACUGUAGCUUAAGAAGGGCACUGUCAA